UUUCAAAAAUGAGGAAUUUAUCCAAAAAAAUCGUAAGCUCCCAUAUCAACAGUCUCUCGGCAAAACUGCUUAUUAGAGAACACCCCAACCCGUCACACCACUGCCCUGUUAUUGGGUGAGUAGAAAUUCAAUAGGUUUUGAUAUACUGUUACCCGGAAUCAUAGUCUCGCGCAGAGGAGUUACUUUUAUGCACUAGAAGGGAUAGUUCAAGUACCAACCUUAUAAAGGGUGACACAUCAUACUAAGAACUAGAAAAUGGCAUGUAAGGGGUUUUUGGAGUGCCUCUUGAAGCUGGUGAACUUCUUGUUAGCCCUUGUGGGUCUGGCCAUGGUUGGAUAUGGAAUAUACCUCUUUGUAGAGUAUAAAAAUUCAUCGUCCUUCAUUGUGCAUUCGAGUGGCGAACUGCUGCAGCUAGGUCGCCCGAUGCUCAUGGCUGUGUCGUUGGAUAGCAUUUCCGAUAAGCUCCCCAAAGCUUGGUUCAUAUAUUUAUUUAUAGGAAUUGGUGUAGUUCUUUUCGUCAUUUCUUGUUGUGGUUGCAUUGGUGCCACUCUGCGGAACGGUUGCUGCCUGACUUGUUAUUCAAUAUUUGUGAUCUUGUUGAUCUUGGUGGAACUGGGAUGUGCUGCUUUUAUAUUCUUUGACAAAAGCUGGAAGGAGGAAAUUCCAACUGACAAAACUAGAAGUUUUGAUAUGAUCUAUGAAUUUAUGGAUAAGCACUGGAAAAUUAUCAGAUGGGUUGCUCUUGGUGCUGUUAUUUUGGAGGCUCUUGUAUUUUUGUUAGCGCUUGUCGUGAGGACUAUCAACAGACCAGCAAAUUAUGAUUAUGAUAGUGAUGAUGAGUCAGAAGGUUCAAAACGACAAACCCGGAAGCCAUUGCUCAACAGGAAAGCUGAUCCUGCAACCGGUGUCCCCGUUUCUGGUACCCUUGAUCAGCGUCCAAGUAGGAAUGAUGCUUGGAGUGAACGCAUGAGGAAAAAGUAUGGGCUGGAUACUUCAGAAUUCACAUACAACCCAUCUGAGUCACAUAGGUACCAGCAAGCUGCAGCACAACCUUCUGAGAAAAGGAGUUGUUGCAUCAUAAUGUGAUGGCCGUUCUGGUUUUGCAGAAAUUCUGAUGGCUUGUUUAUAGAUCCAUACCGAUAGUAAUUCACUAGUGUGAAGAUUCUGUAAUGUUGGAGACUUUGUUCCAGUGAAUUUGUGUACAAAAGAAUAAUUUCUGAGCAGCUUAUUUCUUUCUUCCACCUAAGUUGUUACCGGAGAAUGCACCCUAAGGCGUUUGAACCUGGCUGUUGCUUAUUUAAGACCCGGAAUGACUAUAUAAAUGGCGUCGGCUGUCCAUUAGGUAAUAGGUUCUGAAGGUGGAUGUUGAUGUUCAUGACUGAAUGCUUGAUAGAUUCAUACAAGUAAUGAUAUUUUCAUAUUUUGCUUGCUUGAUUUA